GUAAAUAUGCUAGAAAAGAAAAAUGCUGCAAACUUCAGUAUGGAUAUGGUCUACUCCUUCGACUGAAGAGCUGAUAGACUCAAACCUGUGGCACCUCCAUCAAGACACUCACGGGAGAGACAGAGUCAUAGUCUAAUUAGACUUAUUAAGUGUAAGAAGGAACCUCUGUUUGAUGAAUACGACUAUGAUAAAAAUAUUCCUAGGAAUUUCACAAGGAUUAAGAGGGAGUAUGAAAGUCUGCAACCUAGUCCUGAAAGAAGAAUUCCUUUCAUCAAGGCGAGUUCCAAGAUUAACCUGAGGGCGAUGAACAGUGAUAAGGUAAUCAGUAUACCAAAGAUAAAGUACAUGGGAAGUCGUCACGAAGGAUUAAGACCACUAGAGAAACGAGGACAGAGAAUCCAGAUCCAUCACCGAAGAGGCUUCACUUCUGGGAAUCCCUUACCCAACACUACUGAUUCCAAAGCACGUGAGAGGCGGUUCAAGCACCCUAGGAUUUGCUUUAGCAACAAGAGGUUAGACAAGAAACUGAAGGCAUUCUGUUUAACACAGAAGAAGUCUGAGAGUAGUAAGAUCUCCUUAAUAAGGUUUGAUACCAGCCAAGGACUCAACCUGAAGGAAAAAUUGAUGGGAGAAACUCCUAUCAGGCAGAAAGACCUGGCCAGGAGAAAGCUUGCCCCUAUGAGACAUCCUAAGAUCAAGCUUAUGCCCAUGGUUGAGGGAUUCAAGAAGGGGUCUUUACAGAUCAAGCUCAACAACAAGCAGAGACUGGUAGAUGUGAUUACUAAGGACCAAUAUUUGAUGCAAUAGAUCACCCAUAAUACUAAUUUUCGUAAUCAUACCUCUUCAUGA